AUGGUGGCGCCGGAGAAGGAAGAAGAGUCCGAAGCUCCGUCGGGAAAGUCAACAUCGAGUAUUCAUGGAGGUGUCGAACUUUCUUCCCUUGGCAAUCUUGCAGAAACUUCCAUUGUCAGAAAUGAUGGAGACUAUGAGAAUAUGCUAGAAGACGAAGGUGAAAACGACAUGCUUGCAGAUCACUCGAAUUCGCUUGAUUAUGCAACAGUGUUGAUCGAAAAAGGUUCUACUGCAUUAGACGCAAAGGAUUAUAUGAAAACCGCAGAAUGUUACAGUCGUGCCCUAGAAAUUCAGUUAAUGGUAGCUCAUUUUGGAGAUCUUGCUCCAGAAUGUUUUCGUGCAUAUUAUUACUAUGGAUAUGCAUUGCUGUGUAGGGCUAUAAGAGGAGAUUUAUAUCCAGUACAUAAUGUAGAUGUGGAAAACGAUGCGAGUUCUGAUGCCGAAGAUAAUACAACAGAUAAUGAUUUAAAGAAAGAAGAAAAUGAUGAAAUGGAAAUUGAUACUGAUGAUACACCAAAUAACGGUGAGUUAGAAACUGAGCUAGAUUUGGCAUGGAAAUUACUGGAUAUUGCAAGGGUAAUUGUUGAGAAACGAGGAACUCAGUCCAUGGAUAAUGUGAAUGUUCUGUGGGCACUGGCUGAAGCUAAUUUUUAUAGAGAAUUAGCUACUUCUUACCAUGAGAAAGCUCUAAAAUGUUGCUGCUCUAAGUUGUCGCUCCUCGAGAAAGAGUUACGUAGGUUGUCUGAAUCCGGUGAAGAAGCUGUUGGCGAUUCUACCAAUCCACACCAAUCGGAUAAUUCAAGUUUAAUCAGAAAAGCAGAGGAAGAAAUUGUCUCAGUUCGUGACUACUCUAUAAUGCUGGAAUCUAAGUUGAAAGAACUUAAGGAACCUAUGGCUAACCUUAGAGGAGCAGUAGAUGCAUUAUCUGCAAAGGUGAGACCAGUUGAUGAUAGUGGUUCUACUGGUAGUAGUACUAGUUCAUUUAUCAAAGUAAGAGAGCUUGGGAAAUUUGGUGGAUCUGUGAACAAGGUUAGUGUUAGUGCCUAUUUGAUAGAAUCCGAGGAAGAGGACAUCGAUUCUGGUGAAUAA